AUGCUAGAGGCGAAGCCGCCGUCGCCGGGCUCCGGCGCGGCCGGGGCGGCGGCGCACAUCCACGGUCACCGGCGGUGGGCGGCGCCGCUGCUGGCCUCGGUCCUGCUCUCGUCGCUCCUCAUCUCCGCGUCGCUCUUCUUUUCCUCCUCCCGCGCGCUGCUCCUCUCCUUCUCGCCGCUCCCCUCCGCGGCCUCCGCUGAGCCUCUCUUCGUCGAGGCCAAGCUCCGCCAGCAGAUGCGCGCCGAGGAGCGCCCGGCGCGGGGCGCCGUGCCCAGGAUCGCCUACCUCAUCUCCGGCUCCGCGGGGGACGGAGCCGCGCUGCGCCGGACGCUCAGGGCGCUCUAUCACCCGGCGAACACGUACGUCGUGCACCUCGACCUCGAGGCCCCCGCCGCCGAGCGCGCUGAGCUCGCCUCUGCCAUCCGCGCGGACCCCGUCUACGCCAGGUUCCGCAACGUCAGGGUCGUCACACGGGCCAACCUCGUCACCUACCGUGGCCCGACCAUGGUGGCCAACACGCUGCACGCGGCUGCCAUCCUGCUGCGCGAGGGCGGUGAUUGGGACUGGUUCAUCAACCUCUCCGCCUCCGAUUAUCCGCUCGUCACCCAGGACGAUCUGUUGCAUGUGCUCUCCGAGUUGCCCAGGCAGCUUAACUUCAUUGAGCAUACCAGUGACAUCGGAUGGAAGGAGUACCAGAGGGCGAAGCCAGUGAUCAUCGACCCUGGGCUAUACAGCCUGCAGAAGUCUGACGUUUUCUGGAUAACAGAGAAAAGGAGUGUCCCAACUGCGUUCAAGCUCUUCACUGGCUCAGCAUGGAUGAUGCUUACACAUCAGUUUAUUGAAUACUGCAUAUGGGGAUGGGACAAUCUCCCAAGGACAGUCUUGAUGUAUUACGCCAAUUUUCUUUCUUCACCAGAGGGUUACUUCCACACAGUCAUCUGCAAUGUCCCGGAGUUCUGCAACACCACAGUCAACCAUGAUCUACAUUUCAUUUCUUGGGACAACCCACCAAAGCAACAUCCUCAUUAUCUCACACUUGCUGACUUUGAUGGUAUGGUUAACAGUAACGCGCCCUUUGCAAGGAAGUUUGGAAGAGAAGAUCCUGUGCUGGACAAGAUUGACCAGGAACUAUUGGGCCGCCAACCUGAUGGAUUUGUGCCUGGUGGAUGGACAGAUCUACUGAAUACAACUGAGAAAGGGAAACCCUUCACUGUUGAGCAUGUCCAAGAUCUCCGCCCAGGGCCUGGUGUGGACAGAUUAAAGAAACUUGUCACAGGCUUGCUCACACAAGAAGGUUUUGAUGACAAGCAUUGCUUGUGA